UCGAAUACUUCUGCCAACAAUAUACGCCAACUACAAGGAGUACAGAAUUUCGCUCAUCGCAUAGUUUCUGGGACAAGGAAAUUUGAUCACGUAUCUCCAGCCCUGAAAGACCUGAGAUGGAUACCAGCUAAGUCUCACUUGUAUCUAAGAGACGCCAUCUUGGCCUUUAAAUCUAUGACAGGUCAGGUACCAAACUACCUCAGUUCAAAUUUUAUCUCCAGAGGCAAUAUCAGUGGUCGGACGACCAGAUCAUCUUCCCAGCUUAAUAUACCGCUUUUUAAAACCAAGUCGGGACAGAGAUCUUUUUAUUACAGGACUGUAACAUUGUAGAAUGCGUUAAAACCCCAUUUUAAAUUAAGUGAAUCUCUCAUCAUUUUCAAACGUAAAAUGAAAGCCUUCCUUUUAAAUCAAUUUCUAAUGUCAUAAAUUUAUAUGUAAAUAGUUUCUUAAUAGUUUAUUGAUAAUCAAAUUGUGAUGUCAUAAAUUCUAUAUGUAAAUAGUUUCUUAAUAACUGUUUAUUGACAAUUCUUGACUAUUUUUUUUUUGGUUUGUUUGUUUUUUUUAUUACCUGUGCUACUAAUAUUUGUCUCUGAAAAGCCCCAAUGGGGAGUUGACAAUAAAAUUUGUAUUGUAUUGUAUUGUAGCUAUUGCGCAUGUGCGUUAUUCUGGCCCCUGCCAAGCUCUCGAUUCGUGGCGCUGACCAAAAGGAUCGCCUCUCCGGGUGCGAACAUGAAGCAAGUAUAACCAAUCUUUAAAUAUAAUAAUGUGAAACUACUGCGUUUGCGCCUUAUCUUGCUCACACCAAGAGCUCUGGAUCUGGUCCUCUGGCUAAAAGGAUAUUUGUCGGGAAUAGGACUGCAACAUGUGGCUGAUCAUGGUCUAGUAUAGGCAAAGGGUACCUCCAUACGAAAAAUUCCUAAAGCUACCCCGCCACCCCUCUCUCCCUCUGCUUAGUUUUGUUUUGUUUUGGGUACUUUUUCAAACUACCGGCUCAAAAACGGCGCACUGAACAAUGUUGCGAAUUCAUAUUUUUCUCCAAGUUGUUAUUGUACUGAUUCAGGUCUGCAACUGGGAGAUCCGGAACCACUCAUUGGUUUGUCGCUGUGGACCUGCUGAUAUUUUGUAUAUUUAAUUUGACUAGGGUUUAAACUUGUUAUGGCUAAAAGAGAAAAGACAAACCCAUUACACGUAACUUAA